CUCCUCGCCAGUUUGCCGCCGUUUGACCACGUGGCUCUUUCCCGGCCUGCCAGUAGACCAUGUGGUGCGGCAAGAUGGCGGCGCGGUGGAGGGGAAAAGACAGCGAUUUAAAUGCCGGUAAAAUGGACUUCCCGGUCUUCAACGCUCCCAAUGAGUUGGUCUUCAGACAACAUAAUAUGGAGGGUGAUGUGAUGGACACACAAUCCUGCAUGGAUCACUCCAUCCUGGCCAUUUUUGAAGACUCCUCUGUCACACCAGAGGAUAAGAGUGGGAUGGAGGAGGAGAAUGAGACUUUGCUGUCAGCCUUGACGGAGAUGCUGGAUAGUGUAGAGGAUGACGAUGGGACCCUGUCUCCCUUUGACACCCUGCCAGACACAAAGCUCCUCACACACCAGGAGCACAGGAACAACUCAGUGGAAUUAUCGUUUGCUGAGAGGCUUAGACCAAGAUCCAAAUCAACAAAUGUGAAAUGUGCAAUUAAGAUUGAAGUGGAUGAAGAAGACGAAAGAAAAAGAGAGAAAAGCAGCACUCAAAAGAUGUUCAAACACCAAAGUGAGCCAUUGUUUGUUUCUAAGAAGAAGACCGCAGACUCUGAAGUUGAGGUCUUCACCCCCUCGUCUCUGGCCAACCUGGUGAAGAUCAUGCACUCGUACUGCCUGAAGCUGCAUGUGGAGGAGGAGAGGGACGAACUGAGGAGAGAUCACACAUUGUUCUCUCAGGAGGAGGUGUGGAAGUAUGAGAGACCCUCUGAAGAGAGCGACGAAGAGAUUAAUGUCGUGUCUGAUGAUGAGGUUACUGUGAAGGAGACAAAGAAGAAAGAAGAGGUGGAUGAUGGGAAACAGCUGAAGAGUGUCUUGUUGAAUGGAAACUCAUCCAAACCUCCGCCAUGCAGAGAGAAGAAGAGGGUGAGCUUUGGCCCUGUUCAAGUGGCCUCAUUUGAUGAAUCAGAGGAAAAACAAUCAAAUGAGAAGAAUUUAAAGAGUCAAAAUGUGUCAAAAGCUUUUGAAAAUCUGGCUUGCUCAGCACUUGAACCCCAACCACUGUUGCCAGGUAUUAAAAAAGCUGCAAUUUCACCACUUAAAGGGGAAACCAAGGCUAAAUCACUCAGCUUGCAACAAUACAGACAGCUGCGCCAAAAGAGACAGCCUCUGGUGGAGAAACAAGGGAACUACACCACUAAGUGGCCCUCUGUUCCUGAGCCCCCUAAAGAGCUGACCCCCAUCCUCUGUUUACAGGGAAAAGUUCAAAUCAGCUGUGGACCCAGGGCAGCUCAAACUUAUCCAAAUGUUAAAAGUAAUGGAGCUCAAAGUCCUGUUUACAAAACACAUCACACCUCAGCUCCACCUGGGCCUUGUCCCACAGAAAUCAAACCCUCAACCUUUCUUUGCCACAGCGGAUUAAAACGCCCAAGGAAUGAAUCCAAAAUAUCCUCAUUUCAUGAUAUUCCUGCUAACAUAAAUGCUGUUGUAUCAGAUAGCAAAAGAAGUGCAGUGAAGAAACCACUCUGUAUCGAUCCUCCAAAUCCUGUCCUACUCCCACUGCCGGUCAGUCAAACCAUGCCACCAUUCACCCACACAGACUCAGAAUCACUGAACACCAGCCCCUUACAAGAAAUCCAAAAUGAGUUCUCAGGUUCUUCCCCUCAAAGAGACCCCUCCUCCUCAAUACCAAAGCCUGAAGAGUUUAUAAAGAACACAGUUAUUAUGAAUAAGGAUCCUGAGACACAUUCAGCUGUCUCUUGCAGAUCUCCAUUACCAUGCCCAACCACAACACAAAUCAAAUCCUCUCCUGAGAAGAAAGAACUACAACCUCAGAUAUGCACAGAACCAAAGAUUCAUCUGUUACCAAGUCCAGCGCUGGUUCCUGUAGGUGCUCCUGUACCUUUAAAGGAGACGGCAGAAGAUGUUUCCUCCAGCAACUCCCAUCCGGAGGAAGCAUCACCCACUCUUCAGGGUGUUACAGCAGACUCAGGUAUUGAAGCAGCUGAUGUUACCAGUCUGCUUGAACAGUUUGAGGAAACACAAGCUAAAGAUGGGAGAGUUGAGUCCAAACCUGUUGUUGCUACCUCACUUUUAAACGUAAACACAGAUAGACAUUUGGACGAGACUCCACUGACGUCCCCAGUUGAAACACAUCUGCAUUUAAGCACUUCAGAUUUAUCUCAGACACAAACGGCCACCGGGAAUCUACCGAAUCUUCAAACAUCAGAGGGUGUGGCCAUCCCCGAACCUCUCGGCACUGAAAUCAUCCUUAGCACUGAAAAAGAUGUGCCAGCAAGACGCAAAAAUCCUCCAUCCAAAGCCAUUCAGAUAAUUGACCCUCGUCCUCUGCCGUCCAGGAAGACACACGCCAGCUUCCCAGAGUCCCCUGCUGCUCGCAUUUACUCACAUAUAUCCUCUGAUCAUGAUUACUGUGGACCUGCAGACCGCUCAUCCUCAUGUACCGCUCAGCAUUGCAGACUCUCUGAUUUCAAAGAUGAUCAGUCUCAGGUGACAGGUCAUGACUCAGGUGAUGCAGCUAAGGGCAAACGUCAGACCUCUACAGGUGAAGCUGAAACCAACCGGACCAUCAAUGCCUCUGCUAAGUCUGUGAUGGAGCAUCCGCCUGAAAAACCCAGCAUCAAAUCAGAAACAAACACAGUCCCAGACAAAUCUACAUUGCUGUUUGACAGAUCUGCUACAAGUAAAGGCUGUUGUCCUGCAGCAGAAGAUAGGGCACCACACUGCACCCUCCCCACACCUCCACCCAGCCCUCCUGUCAGAGGACGGGAGAAGAGGAGAUACCGUAGAAGAUCUCGUUCUAGCUCCUGUUCCUCAUCUUCUUCUUCCUCCAGUUCUGCAUCUCGCUCACCAAAAAGACAAAAGCGCUGCCACAAGCGUUCAGAGAGCAGCUCAUGUUCGUCCUCUUGCUCUCGUUCCAUUUCUCGCUCACCACCCCGACGCCACAGAUGGUCUUACUCAGGAUCAAGAUGCAGCAGAUCAAGAUCCAGAUCUUGGUCACACUCCAGGUCCCCAUCCAGAUCCAGGUCACCGUCACCUAGGAUUUAUCACAGACAGUGGAGAGAUGUUUACAGCAACAGAGAGUCAAGACGGCUCAGGAGAGAGCAGGAAAUCAGGAUUCAGAAGCUGAAAGCCAUUGACGAGCGCAGAGUCGUGUAUGUUGGCCGAAUCUGCAGGUCCAUGACCCACGAUGAACUGAGAGAGCGCUUUUCUCAGUUUGGAGAAGUGGAAUGUGUGUCGCUUCACUUUAGAGACAAAGGAGACCACUACGGCUUUGUUACUUUCUAUAAUAUGGAGGACGCCUUUGCAGCCAUCGAUAAUGGAGGGAAACUUCGGAGGCCUGAUGAGCUGCCGUUUGACAUCUGCUUUGGUGGGAGAAGACAGUUCUGUAAUUCAGACUAUGCUGACCUUGAUGCAAACAGAGAUGCAGACCUGUCUCCUGCGAAGAGCAAGUUUGAGGAUCUGGACUUUGAUUCGCUGCUGAAACAGGCUCAGAGUGGUCUGAAGAGGUAGCAGAGAUAUGUUUGGACAAAAACCUGACCUGGAUGUGGCAGAAAUGAAAUGAACAAUUUUGUUAAGUCCUCAGAGCCUCAUCCUUGCACUUAAAUGUAGCAAACCUUUAUUGUAUGUUUUCACCUUUUGUAUAUUUGCAUGUUUUUAACACUUACUAUCAAUAUGAAUGAAUAUGUAGCACUGUUAAUUUGAUAACAUGAUUUUAGUGGGGCCCAUAAAAGAUGUUCUGUUCAAUAGCACUGAAGAGUUUGAUAUAUUUGUAUAAAAAAGAAUAAAGGGUGCCACUGAGUUUUCAUA